AGAUCAUCUCCCAACCAAACUGUGAAUUUUCUCCCAAAAAUCAAUUUCAUUGGUCCGAAAGAAAUCACUUUUCGGACUUUGGUCUUUGUCCCUUCCGUGAAGCUAUAGUUUCUCAACAACCAUAGUUUGUCUUCCUUUUUGAUUCUCAAUCCUCACUUUCUCUUCAGCCUGAGAUAUGGAAGGUGUUCUCCAUCCCAAGGGCCUCUUCUCCCUCCCUUCCAACCCUCAAACCAGAGCUUUCCAUCCACUCCAUAGCCUCAGACAUCGGUUUCCAAUCAAAAGCAACCAUCUUGCUGGUUUUCCACCAUUAAAGGCCAGAGCUUUCUCUCCAAAUCCUUCACAGUUCUCUCAUGGGAAUCCCCAAUUCAAUUGGGAAUCAAAAAGAUUGCUCCUUUUUUCUACCUCUCAGAAAGAGUUUGGGUGAGAAAAAGCCACAAACUUGCUGUGCAGGAGCUGCAAUUCCUGCUGAUGGUGCAAGUGCAAGCUUUCAGUGAUGAAAAACAAAAACACAAGCCAAAGUUUCUUGGUGUGGAGUUUCAGACACUGAAGAAGAUCAUCCCUCUUGGGAUCAUGUUCUUUUGCAUCCUUUUCAAUUAUACUAUUCUUAGAGAUACAAAGGAUGUCUUGGUUGUGACAGCACCAGGAAGCAGUGCUGAGAUUAUUCCAUUCUUGAAAACAUGGGUGAACUUGCCCAUGGCUGUAGGAUUUAUGCUUUUGUAUACCAAGCUCUCUAAUGUGCUUUCAAAAGAGGCUCUUUUCUAUACUGUCUUGUUACCUUUCAUUGCCUUCUUUGGAGCUUUUGGGUUUGUGUUGUAUCCUUUGAGUGGUGUUAUUCAUCCCACUGCUCUUGCUGAUAAGCUUGUGGCUGCUCUUGGACCAAGUUUUGUUGGACCUGUUGCUAUUCUGAGGAUCUGGAGCUUUUGCUUGUUCUAUGUCAUGGCUGAGCUUUGGGGCAGUGUGGUCAUCUCUGUUCUUUUCUGGGGUUUUGCUAAUCAGAUUACUACUGUUGAGGAGGCGAAAGAAUUCUAUCCGCUAUUUGGCCUCGGAGCGAAUAUUGCCCUUAUCUUCUCAGGACGCACUGUAAAAUACUUCUCUAAUUUGCGGAAGAAUUUGGGUCCGGGUGUUGAUGGUUGGGCUAUAUCUCUCAAAGGCAUGAUGAGCAUUGUGGUAAUUCUUGGUUUUGUAAUCUGCAGUAUCUAUUGGGGAGUGAAUAAAUUUGUUGUAAAUGAUCCAUCUAUUCCAAGAUCGGCAAGGAAGAAGAAGGAAAAACCUAAACUCGGCAUGAAAGAAAGUUUAAAGGUAUUGUUAUCUUCGAGAUAUGUGAGAGAUCUUGCCACCUUGGUCGUGGCGUAUGGCAUUAGCAUCAACCUUGUUGAAGUUACAUGGAAAUCGAAGCUCAAAGCACAGUUUCCAAGCCCCAACGAGUACUCAUCGUUCAUGGGUGACUUCUCAACCGCCACUGGCAUUGCAACUUUCACAAUGAUGUUGCUCGGCCGUGUUAUUCUCAGAAAAUUCGGGUGGGGAGUUGCCGCGAUGAUAACUCCUACAGUUUUGCUUCUCACUGGAGUUGGGUUUUUCUCGCUGCUUUUGUUCGGAGAGCCAUUGACUCCGGUACUAGCAAAUUUCGGUAUGACCCCACUGCUUGCUGCUGUGUAUGUGGGUGCAUUGCAGAACAUCUUCAGCAAGAGUGCAAAAUACAGCUUAUUUGAUCCUUGCAAAGAGAUGGCAUACAUUCCUUUAGAUGAAGACAUGAAGGUUAAAGGGAAAGCAGCGAUUGAUGUUGUCUGCAACCCGUUGGGCAAGUCAGGAGGCGCAUUGAUCCAACAAUUCAUGAUAUUGACAUUCGGAUCACUUGCGAACUCAACGCCAUAUCUUGGAGGCAUAUUGCUUAUGAUCGUGCUAGCAUGGUUAGGAGCGGCAAAGUCCCUAGAUUCUCAAUUCUCCCCAUUGGCGAAGCAAGAGCUCGAGAAGGAGAAGAGGGAAAAGGCGAAGGUAAAGGAAGCCAGUGUGGAAGUGCCUGUCGAGGUGAAGGCAAUAGAAAGCUCAGGCAACGGUGCGGCUCUGAAGCAAACCUUGGAUACUGAAUCCGAGAGCUCGUCCGGGGCCUCAUCGCCUCAAGUUCAGUGAACAUGUUAUCAUUCUCAUAGUUACAAGCCGCAUAAUGAAAACCAAAGCUGAUAAUGAUGAAAAGAAGAAGUUAAUGCAGGUGGCCUGGCAUCCCCUUGAAAACAAAUAACACCACAACAGAAGCAGUUUUGCUGUUGGUUGUUCCUACUUUUCUUUUCUGGUAGGUAAUAAACCAGGUCUGUCUUAUGAUGUACUUGCUAUAAAAUAUGGCUACUGGUUCUGGUUCUUUUAUUCAAAAUUUACCCCUGGUGUGAUAACUGAUAACUUCAUGCAUGGACUUAUAUCUCAUUAUAAAAUCCAUGUUAAUUUAUUUAACAUUUCUAA